CCAUAAUGCAUUACGAUUUGUAUCAGGAAGUUGAAGGAGUCAGCUGACUGGAUUGUGUUGUUGUAGAAGAAGUCACUGAAUUGGAUGAUAAAAUACACUUCAUAAUUUCGCCUAAAUUAAUUCAGUUGCUGCAAAGUAUUGCUCACGCCAACCAUGUUGCGGCCAAAAGCAUUGACGCAAGUUCUCAGCCAGGCAAAUACAAGCGGAGUACAAAGCACACUAUUGUUAAAUAAUGAAGGGUCUCUUUUGGCUUACUCUGGCUAUGGGGACACUGACGCUCGAGUGACCGCUGCCAUUGCAAGCAACAUCUGGUCGGCCUAUGACAAGAACGGGCAUCAAGCUUUUAACGAAGAUAAACUGAAAUUCAUUCUGAUGGAUUGUAUGGAAGGCAGGGUGGCCAUCACACGGGUAGCUAACCUACUGCUGUGCAUGUAUGCCAAAGAGACAGUGGGCUUUGGAAUGCUUAAAGCCAAGGCUGAAGCGUUGGUACUGUACCUGGAGGAACCUUUAACCCAAGUUGCUGCAUCAUAGGGGAAGUCUGGCUGGAGUGUUGUCUUCAAUUUUGUCUCCCGUGAUAAUACAUGAACACUUGUUGCUUAUGUGAAUGCUUCACCUGGUCUUCAUGAAAUGCUGCAGUCUGUGUAUGAAUGAACUGAGUAUUUGUCUUCUGAUUACUGUAUUUAUACUCCGUAUGCUCUAACUUAAUGCUUGAGUUUAGUAGUUUGGCCGUUUGUGGCAUGCAGUUCAAAUGUCAAGUUCGCACAUUGUGUAAGGCGGGCUAUGUAAAUCUUCAAUGAAUUUCACUGCCUGUAAGAGGACUCCUUUCUCAACUGCUGAAAAUGCUGACACAUUAACUUUAAGGCAUUUGCUGUUUACCCUAGUCAGAAUAUUACAUUUGUCUGUUGUUGCCAUGCAAUAACCUUUAUGAUAUCCUUUUGUAACAGGCUAUCCAUAAACUGUUUUUUUUCAAUGAAAAAUCAAUAUGUAUUUGUCUUCAAAGAUAUGAAAUACAUAAAACCAUUUGAUUCAUAUGUUAGAUUUUUAGUUCCAGGGAUACCAAGGAGUUUUUUGCAGAACUGACGUUACAGGUUUGCUGAACAGACCUAAUAUUGCAUUACCUUGUCAGUUGUUUGACAGUAUUGUUAUUACUGAUAUAUAUUUGUGUUUGUCAAUUCAGAACUUUAUCAAUACUGUUUCUAGGUCCCUUUUGCUGUUACUUUGUGUUCCUGGUUUGAGAUGAACAGAACCAGGGGUUUAUUCAUUAGUUGCAUACCGUAGCAAAACGUUUUGCAAUAAAUUAGGUUCUAUUUGACAGGUAGGUCCUGUGAAUACACCUCAGAGGAAGCAAUGGUUGUCUUUCGCCAUGUAAAAGGGAUAGGGAAACAGUAAUUUCCUGAAGGCAAUCAUUUGGUUUGUCCAGCAGGUGGCAUGUAUCUAUUUUUUUUCACACAGUUGCUCAUGUGGUUGUCCUACCUGUUCAACCUGCCAUAGACUUACACCAAGCCACUCCCCCAACCCCCAUCAUUCCUCAGCAGAACUACCUGAUGACACAGCGGAGCAAGUUCCUUGUAAACAAUCUAGGUUUCUAUUAAACGUAGAGGGGGACAGGUGACUUGCAAAGUGUUUGUGCGGCUCUUUUAAAUCUGAAGAUUAGGGUGAGUGGCUUCUGGGGAAGUGUCAUCUUUCCUUUCUCCCCUCACACUCUUGAGAGCUGGACCACUGAAGGUGUACCUCAUGGGUUCAGAUGAGGCCUACAACUUUGUCUUUAAGGGUGAGUCCAUGUUCUUUCACAUUUAACAGAUUGAUGUCCUACAUUUACAUAAUGUAGCACACACUCUUAUUCAGUAGUGAUUGCAUACAUGUUCAGACUUUUUUGCUUACUGGUCUUUUAUGGGAAUUGAAAUCACAACCCUGGUGUUGCAAGUGCCAUGCUCUACUAACUGAGCCACCAUGAUGAUACAAUGUAUAUGUCAACUACUUUUUUUGUAGUUAGAGCUAGUGCAGUGUUGCUCACUACAGACAACCAUUGAAUUAUGUUACUUGGUGUGUGUGCUAAGGCUAGAAGCUAAGUGCCAGCACAGUAUCAAAAGCACACCGUAGAUUGUUAGUAACACAUCUACCACCCAGAAAUGAUGCAGGUCACUCCCACCUGUGUUGAAAUUACAGAAAAAGUCUAGGGUGUGUCCUGAAACAAGGCAAGUUGCCUUGCAUAGUGCAUACACUCAAGAAAUAUUGCCAAUUAUGUUUACGCCAGUCCUGUAGUACAGGGCGUCUCAGAGUAGGAGUACUGAUCUAGGAUCUGUUUAGCAUGUUAGGUCAUGAUGAAUAUGACUGUAUGAACAGAUCCUAGAUCAGCAUUCAUACUCUUAGACGCUUUGUGGAUACGAGCCCAGGUCUAGGAGUUUUAUCCAUUACUUUUAAGAAUGCAUCUAACCUUGAGGUUCAUUAAUAUGCUACUGUUGGUAUUUUACAAGUCAAGACAGUGCUACUUCAAGAAUGUUGCUAUUUCUAUGAACUUGAAUGCUAUUUCUGUAUGUAACUGAAUACAUUCUUGACCU